UGUUGGAGCAGGUGUGGUGUCAGGAGGAGCCCCCUCCUCUCUCCAGUGCUGCGUCGUAGGCUCCCUGCUCUCCCCCCUCCAGCCUGUGAUUCUCUCCUGCUGUAGUCUGUAAGGCUGCUGCUGUUGCCUGUGCUCCGGGGCUCUUUGCUAACGGCCAGUCUCAGCUCAGAUCUCCUUUCCAUCAGCCCAGGACCAAGCCCCUACCCACGGCUCGCCCUGCAGCCAGGAUGAGAACCCCGGCAGGCACCUGCCUGCUCCUCCUGCCCCUGCUGCUCCCCAUCGCCUGGACGCAGGGAGACGGAAAAGAGGUGGAAAACACCGGCAAUUUUAUGGAGGAUGAGCAAUGGCUGUCCUCCAUUAACCAGUACAGCGGCAAGAUCAAGCACUGGAACCGCUUCAGAGACGAUGACUACAUCAAGAGUUGGGAGGACAAUCAGCCGGGAGAUGAAGCCCUGGACACUACAAAGGACCCUUGUCAGAAAGUGAAGUGCAGUCGGCAUAAGGUCUGCAUAGCCCACGGUUACCAGAAAGCCAUGUGUAUAAGUCGCAAGAAGUUGGAGCACAGAAUUAAACAGCCCAACCUGAAGCUGCAUGGCAGCAAAGAUAACCUUUGUAAGCCUUGUCAUGUGACCCAGCCAGCAUCCGUCUGCGGUUCUGAUGGACAUACGUACAGCUCUGUGUGUAAACUGGAGCAGCAGGCAUGUCUUAGCAGCAAACAGCUGUCUGUUAGGUGCCAAGGCUCGUGCCCUUGCCCAACAGAAAACUCCUCCCCCACCACGCCCACCAGUACCACCGCUGACACCAGCAAACAAGGAGAAUCGUGUACUGGUCAGGAUUUAGCGGAUCUUGGUGACCGUUUACGGGAUUGGUUCCAAUUGCUUCAUGAAAAUUCCAAGCAAAAUAACACAUCAAAUCCAGGAACAAAACAAGUCAAUGUGCUAGACAAGACCCUGGUGGCCAGCUGCAAGGAUUCAAUAGGAUGGAUGUUCUCUAAGUUAGACUCCAACAAUGACCUCUUUUUGGACCAAGCUGAAUUGGCAGCCAUCAACCUUGACAAGUAUGAGAUUUGCAUCCGGCCCUUCUUCAACUCCUGCGACACUUACAAGGACGGGAGGGUGUCUACUGCUGAGUGGUGCUUCUGUUUCUGGAGAGAGAAGCCUCCAUGCCUUAUAGAACUUGAGAAAGUACAGAUACAAGAAGCUGCCAAAAAGAAACCUGGGGUCUUCAUUCCCAGCUGUGAUGAAGAUGGGUACUACAGGAAGAUGCAGUGUGAUCAGGCCAGUGGGGAGUGUUGGUGUGUAGAUCAGCAUGGUUCUGAGCUGACAGGCACAAGAAUACAUGGAAACCCAGACUGUGAUGACAUUGUUGGAUUCUCUGGGGAUUUCGGUAGUGGUGUCGGUUGGGAAGACGAAGAGGAGAAAGAGACAGAAGACGCUGGUGAGGAGGCGGAAGAGGAAGAGGGAGAGACUGGGGAGGCGGAUGACGGAGGAUACAUUUGGUAGACCCUCAGCAGCACAGCCCUGUCUGGGCAUUGCAGCCAAGUUUGGAAAACUGCAGUAAAUAGUAAUCAGAUGCCACAGUGAUCAGGAAACACAGCUGAAUGUACAUUAUACAGAAAUUGUGUGUGUGAGCAUGCAAGUGUGCCUGUCAACUGACUGCUUUGAGAUUGCAGCUCAUCUUUCCCAUAAUCCAAAUGAGCUGUUCUACGGCAGACAAAAGAAACACAUUUAAUCAUUUUCUUUAGAGACAUGAAGUUGUUGGUAUAUAACCUAGCAUUGGUAGCAUUGGACCACCCUACUUCUUAUUCCAGAAUCAAGCACACAUGCCUGAGUCACUCUGGUGAAGAGCUAGUUUCUAGCCACAGAUCGAAAACAAACAAUAUAAGCAAAUCAUACAUAAUUCUAAUAAUAAACAUAUACUGUUUAAAAAUGGCCAGUGUUUAUAAGCUAACCAAACAAGCAGUAAGUUACCGUAGUGCAGACAUAAACUAAAUGGCUAUUAAACAUAUAUAUUCAAAAUGUAUAACAUCUGUCUAGCUUAGAGAACGUGCCUCAAUGCACACAGAAUGGGGACUUUAUAUCAGUCAUUUGUGGGACACCUGCCAUUGUGGAGAAUUCCUGUUCUCCCAUUGUAUGUUACUAUUAUCACGAUUAACUUUGUAUUCCUUUGAUUAUAGUUGGUUUACAUGUUUACUGCCAUAAUGUGAAAUUGUUUAAUGAAUUGUGAGGUGUGCGCUACAUUGCAUGCCACUGGGGCAUCCGGAUCGGAGGAUGAAUGAGUUGCAGACUUUUAUCUCUACGUGCGUUACUAACUGACGGCAACAUUCCAUUAGUACAUGGUACAAUCUCUGCAGACGCCUAUUAAUGACUUCUAAGAAAAGCCACAUUCCCUUUCAUAUCUGUAGUGCUCUAAUCAUCGCUAUGUGCUGUGUGUAAGAUACAUUGUUGCCAGCUUAUGUUUGUCUGCUUUUGUUUAAGUUACUUGACAACACAAAAUUCUAAAUCUAAACAUAUAUAUAAUAACACAGGGGCGUCUCCAGAGUUGGGGCUGCAGCUCAGUUUAAAAUUCAAAUAGGGGAGGCACACCAACUGCCAGUGAGUCAGUUUGAAAUGACAGUUGGUGUAGCUCCCCUAUUUGAUAUGUGCACACUGUAUAUAUACACUGGAUGUAUUGUCAUGGAUUUUAAGAGCAGGAAAAAGCUAAAGUCUUUAUGUAACAAAUUAAGGUCUCAAUAAUUAGACAUCAUGAGCUGUGAUGUAUACUACAGUAUAAGAGACAUUAUUUCAGGUUCUGAUCUGUAACAUAGCUGGCUGAAACAUAUAAACAUCCCCUGGUUCCAUAGGCAGUAAACGUUAUCCUAUAAAGGCUACAGUAGGUUCUUCUCGGUUUUAAUAAAAAAACAUUAUACAUAUAAAGUGUUACUUCUGUAGCACAAACAUAUUCUGCAGCUGUACAAACCAGGUAUAGUUUUUAAAUUGUUAUUUACAGAUUGUAUCAUUACCCCUAACAUAGUCUAGCAAUUACCCCGUGUAAUUUACUAGCUUAGUCGGCUACAUAAAUUGACCUGGAAUAUUGUUACACCAUGGCGUGCAGGAGGGCUUUUUGAGAAGACACGUGUAAGGCCACCCAACUUCUGUCUGCACUGUAGCUCAGUGUACCAGCCUGUAGCUUUGCUGUGUGUUAACAAAACAAUCCGUAAAGUCUUGCGGCUUUUAUUCUGCCAGCUAAAUAUUGUAGAGACUUGGCAGACAGCUGUAUCGGAAACCUCUUUAAAACUCUCACUUUAUAAUACUCACCCUGACUCUGAAAAUAUACUACCAUAGGGUCUGCUCAUUCAGCCAACUCAUACUGCUUAAUAUGGAAUAGACUGUGGUGAGUAAAGAAAGCAGCUAGCCCCAAACAUAGAAACGCUUUUCCGUGAGAACAUUUCACACUAAGCCAAUUCACUUAAAACACUGAUUGAGGCCUACUAAAUCAUGAACCUUUUUAAAGUAGCAAAGUUUAUGCUGUACAAAACAGCAUGCACAUGUUUAAUCCUUCAUACCGUUUUGUAUAAGGUAGAGGCUCUGCCAAAUAGUCCAAAAACUGCAACCAAGAGCCACGCCUGUAGAGUAGCAGGUGAGUGGCUUUGUUAGCAGUUGCACCAUUCAUCAAGAAGCUUGUGAAAUAAUAAUACACUAUUAUAAACUUCCAACUUCCAAUCACACAGACCACAAUAUUGAGUGAGCCAGGCACAGCAGGAAGACCCAGUUUUGCACAGCCUGACUGAUUGCAAUCUUGGUAUCCCACUGCUUGAUUGUCAUUUAGCUGUUGUCUGCAGUGGUAUCUGGCGCCUGGAUUGUAGGCUAAAUGCGGAUGACAGCUGCCAUUUCAAUCAAGGUACAGUACUUUACUAUAUAUAUAUAUAUAUAUAUAUAUAUAUAUAUAUAUAUAUAUAUACCGUUUUGAAGGGCACAAUUUUAGACAUGAUGUACUGCUACAAUAACUAUAGUGAUGCAUCACGUCUAAAAUGUUGUCCUCCAAAAUGUAAAUAUGCCACCUCACUGAUCAUAUGUGUAAAUUAUUUAUUAAUUAUAGUUAUGUUUGCAUCAUCUCCAUGUUUUUUCACAUUUGUCCCAAAAUAGUGAAUCUGACAAUUUACGUGGGCUACCAAGUCUAGCUUGCUCCCUUCAGAUAUUCUGUGACUUGAUACUUGCGAUCUGCAACGGAGACGGUCCGGGGUGCCUCUUCCAAUCUAUUUAUGCCGGGACAGUGUUUAGAGGCACCCGGUUCUCUCACUCUUACCUGCAAUUACCUGUGAUUCAGAUAGCAGAUGCUUCAUAAGUGGACCGGAAGUGGCUCCCCGGUCAGCCAGUUUGACGCUGCUUGCGAUACAUUAUAUUGAGUUGAGUAAUCAUGCACAAUGCUGAGAGCUAUGACACCUGUGGCGGAGGCUGGUGCAGCACACAGCAGAACACGGGUAAUCAUGCAUUUGGAGUAAUACAUGUAAUUUUUUUCCCAUGGGUAACUAGUGGGGGUUAGACAAUAUUUUCCUGUUAUAUACUGAAAAUACUUAUAUUUAAAAAAAAAUCUACACUCAUUUUAAGAGUUACACAGACACAAGAGAGUGGCAAUAAUGGGAUAAAAUAGAUUAUAACUACAUAAGAGAGGCUACAGAGAUGGAAAGAUAUAUACUGUAUAUAAUAUUGGACUGGUGUUGGAGCUGGAAAUAACUGGAAGGAAAUACUGUACUACCCUUGUUAUUUAUUUUUUGUAGUUAUAUGAUCUUAAGUUUCACAGUUAAAAUCCAACCUGGCUCCAAAUGUAAAAUGUUCCCCAGGUAUUUUCCAUAACCUCGGUAAGCUAUUGUUAUAGCCAGAGCCGGCCCUAACCAAUAUGAUGCCCUAGGCAAGAUUUUGGCUGGUGCCCCCUAGCACCACCGCUGGUUCUGCCUCUGACCUUGCACUUCUUUCCCAGCACCAUCACCCCUCACCUAUAGCAGUCCUUAUUUUGCUGUUUGUACCCUCUAUAUUUUAAAUAGGAACAGUUCGCACAUUUGACGCAUAGCCCAAAAAGGGGCAUCUUCUUGCUGGGAAGGGGCAUGGCCACACAAUAGUAACCCCAAUUCCAAUUACGCCACACAGUACUGCAACUUUAUUCACAUUUUAUCUUGCGAUAGUGUCCAUAAUUCAUAUUACAUCCCACAGUAGUAUCACUUUACCUUAUAAACGUUACUCCUCACAGUAGAGCUCCUUAUUCACAUUACAUCACACUGAAUUGCUCCUUAUUCACAUUACACCACACCUUAUUGCUCUUUAUUCACAUUAGACGACACAGUAGUACCCUUUCUAUAUGCAACGCCACAUAGUAGAGCACCUUAUAUACAUAAUGCCACACAUUAGUAAUGCAUUUAUACACAAUUCCACACAGUAAUGCCCCUUACACAUAUAAGACACAUUAAUGUCCUUAUAAACAUAAUGCACCUUACACAUUAUGACAACCUUUAUUAAUGUCCUUUUACACAUAAUGUCCCCUACACAUAUGCCGCACAUUAUUAAUGCCCUUAUACACAUAAUGACACACACAGUGCCCCCUACACAUUUGCUGCACAUUAUUAGUGCCCCUAUACACAUAAUGACACAUACAGUAGUACCCUGUUACACAUAUGCCGCACAUUAUUAAUGCCCUUAUACACAUAAUGACACACAUAGUGGCCCUUUACACAUAUGUUGCACAUUAUUAAUGCAUUUUUACAUGACACACAUAAUGCUCCUCACACAUAUUCCGAACACUACUGCACAACCAACCCACUCACAUGCACACAGCGCUCACACUUCCACUAACACUGUGACCUCUGCCUCUGCUUGGAUACAGUGGUGUCCUCACAAAUCUUGCAUCAAUGCUAACGUCGGGCACCUUUAUUUAAUGAAAAUGCAUCUUAUUUGCAUUGCUAUGUGGCUAGGAUGCACAAGCAGCUUCUGCUGAUUAAACUGAUAUGCAGCAUGUCUAUAUACUGUGUGAAACUGUGGCUGUAUCUGCAUAUGAAAUGCUACAUACAGAAUAUAGGCAUGCCGCAUAUCAUUUUAAUCAGCAGAAGCUGAUGAUGCCCCUAGGCAUAUCAAAUGCCCUAGGCAAUUGCCUAGUAUGCCUAUGGCCAGCUCUGGUUAUAGCCGGAGUGACACACCCCCCUAGAUCCUGCUCUGUUAUUGAAUGAAGGGCGACUCCACCCUUAAUUUGCAACGAUUUGUUGCCUUAAACAUGAUUUUUGUUGUUGUUGUUUUAAUAGUCCAAAGGUUAUUUACCAUUCUAGUCAGCAUUAGCAGAAUGUCUAGAGAAGUUGUUCGUUAAGGGGGCCCACUAUUAGAGAUUGUUGUGUGUAUGUCUCUCAUAUCAUAUAUCAUGUAUUCUAGAUUUGUUAUUAUGUGUGUCCCAACUGACAUGUCCAUUACUAGAGAAAUAUCAUUUUCUGGACAGUUUAGGGGCAUCAAUAUAAUAUACUUAAUAAAACAGUUAUACUGAAGCCACUCAUCGUUACUUGGGGGGAUAUGUAUCAAACCUUGGAGAGAGAUAAAGUACCAUCUGAUUAGCUUCGAACUGCCAUGUGAUAAACUGAAAAAUAACCAUUAGAAGCUGAUUGGUUGGUACUUUAUCUCUCUACACUUUAUCUGUCUCCAAGAUUUGACAAACUUCCCCCCAUGUGAUAAACUGAAAAAUAACCAUUAGAAGCUGAUUGGUUGGUACUUUAUCUCUCUACACUUUAUUUAUCUCUCUACACUUUAUCUCUCUCCAAGAUUUGACCAACUUCCCCCUUGAACUGCUAACACAGUUUACCCUGAACCAGUGAUAACCAGCAGAUCCAUAAGGUACACUAGUACAAGGAUACUGUGUAACAGUUAUUACCAUGUGAGAGUGUUGUUGAUGGUUAAAGACUGUCUGAAUGUAACUAAGGUGUAAGAAUGGAACACUGAGAACAGAGAAUGGAAGAGGGAGGAAAACAUCUCAGUCACUUACUGUACAUGUAGGUAUUGCAAGUAAUGAGUGGUUCUGGCAAUAUAUCUGUAUUGGUAACUGAUUCGUCACUCACGUUUCAGUUUUCCUGCCCUUUGUAAGGCAGAUGCUACUGAGUUUAACUUGCCUUUCCUUCAAGAUAUUAUUUCUUGCAGUGAAAUGCUUUACUUGUAUAUGUUUUGUUAUAAAAGACAUUGGAAUGUUUAUGUAAGCGUAAGUCUUGGCAAGUCACGACAACUUCCAUCAGAUUUCGCAGUGGUGUGAUGAUAUAUUUGUACAUACUGUGUUAUAGAUUUGGCCAGAAAAUAAACACCGCUUUCCCUCGUGGUUUUUGUUUUUGAAGUCGGAGUAGCCCCUCCUUUGCUAUGAAAGUCAUUACAGCAUUAAAGGGUUUGAGACAGUUCUAGCAACUGAGAAAAGAACACAAAUGGCUUAUUUAAUAUAGUGCAAAGAACAAGUGUGAUAUGACUGAUAGCAACUAAUUGUACAGUAUAUUUGCUUUCAUAUCUGAUUGAUUGCUAUGGUUUAAACUGGCCACAUGUGUGUUUUUCAUUAGCCACAUUUUCAACAAAUUGGCCUUAUAAUAGAUCAGAAAAACAAUUCUUCAGAAGCAAUCAGCGGGGAUGAUUGGGUCAGCAGUUAGCUCCAUAUACGUGUAUGGGACUAUUGGCUGACCCAAGCUGGAGGAGUAUAUAGAGUGGACAAUUUUGUCCUCUGCAUGGAGACUGAACGUACUCAUCUGUGCAGUUUGGCUACUGUUUGUGGUCAAACUGCUUGAAGAUUAAACCAAGCGGCCAGAUUGUUCCAGCGGUGGCUAUCUUCAUGCUACACUUGUGCUAUUUACACUAUGCUAUUGCAUAAGCUUUAUAGUGUUGUUGUUUUACAAAACCAAUGUCUAAAAUAGUUCUCAUGUGUGCUUGAUCCUUUUUUUUUAAAAUGUACUGACCUGCUGACAUAGAAGGUAUGUCAAAGAGGGUUGCAGAUCAAUCGCAUGCAUGUAACCUUUAUAAGCCUUUAAUAUACAGACAGGUGUAUCUUGAAGGUAUUGUUGUUUUCUUUAAUUCUGUGCUUAAAAACUAAAGUCCUGACAGGUUAAUAAUAAAAAAACUGCUUCGUCUGAAAACAUAAUGUCUUAUGUGCAAUACCUUUUUGGAUUUAGAAUACAGACCACGUGCAAGUGCUAGGACUUCAGUUUGUAUAUUUAUUAAGUGCUGACAUUGUAUCUCUCAGUAAUUUUAGAUGUAAAAAAACAGUGUUAGAAUGUAUAUGUACAAAUAGGGCGCCAAAUUAAAAUGUUAAAUGAUUCCUGCUCGCCAAUAUUCUUCAUCACAGUUAAGGCGACCCUCACAGUGUCUUUGACUGCCUAUUACUUAUGAUUCAGUGAAACAGAUAUACACACGCAAAAGGUUGAAACAUAUUUUUAAAAAAGGAAAUAAAAAAAGAAUUUAAAAAAGAA